AUGGGAUCGGUGGUAGACACGCUCGCCGAACACGAUGGCGGACCGCCAGGCCCUCGUGGUGAUUCGGUGUGGUCGAUCCUGCAGCGCGGUAUCGACGAGGGUCCAGACCGGGUAGCACUGGUCACCAUGCACCAAUCGCCCGAUCACCUCGCGCAGCUUGUGGGACCAGGGGGCGCGUCGCCGUCCGGGGAAACUCUCACCUGGACAUAUGCUCAGUUGCGGCGAGGGGCCGCCCGGCUUGGCUCGGUCCUCGACGGACAUGAUAUACCGCCGGGAUCUACCGUCCUCGCUUUCCUCCCCAGCAGUGCCGAGUGGGCCCUGACGGUGUGGACCGCGGCGUUGAAGUGCUACACGCUCGUCACCUUGAACUCAGAAGUUGUGCAACCGGCUCGGAAGGAGGAACUGCGCUUCCACAUCGAGAAGCUGGCACCAUCCGUCGUUUCCCUAGAGGACGAAGCGGGAGCCAAAGCCGUAGACGGCAUCAGAAGCACGAAUGACGCCCCCUUCUUGGGCAUCUGCCUCGGAACCCUCACCGAGCCACGCCCAAAGUGGACUACCAUGGCCAACAUCGCGCAGACACCCUUCACCGACAGCCAGAGCACCGCCAACCCCGCCGCGGACGACCCAGAUCGCAUCACCACCAUCGUCUUCACGAGCGGCACGUCGACCGGCUCGCCGAAGGGCUGCCCCUGGACGGUGAAGAACCUGCUAGCCGGAACCGCCAGCAGCAGCCGCGGCCGAGCCGGGACGCCGCCGGCCGUCGGGGUCAUCCACUCGGCCAACUCCCGGGCGCUGGCCACGGCCAUGUCGGCGACGCUCUGGCACGGCGGCGGCGUGGUCGUCGUGCCGGGCCCGCGGUUCGCGCCGCGGACGUCGCUGAGGGCCAUCGAGGCCCACCGCGCCGCGACCGUCGGGGUCCUGCCGGUGCAUGCGCGUAUGAUGGGCCGGCGGGAGGCUGGGCACGCCCCGGGGGCGGUCGCGUCGCUUAAGAGGGUGUUUCUUAGCGGGGAGGUCGUCACGGCGUGGAUGCUGGGGGAGACCAGGCGGGUGUUUCCCGGUGCAUCUGUGUACCCUUCGCAUGGGAUGUCGGAGGGGUUGGGAUUGUUUGGGUGGCCGCUGGGCUUGCCGGAUCCGGUACCGGAGUUUGGGGGGGUCAUCUCGUCUGGGUUGGUGAUGCCUGGCACGAAGGUUCGGAUCGUUGGCGAAGACGGCCGCGUUGUGAAGAGGUCCGAGCUGGGGGACCUGCAUGUCAGCAGCGAUUCUGUCAUUGAUGGGUAUUUCGAUGGGGUCAGCCCGGACGCGUUUUACGAGGAUGAACGGGGCAGGUGGUACAGGACGGGCGAUAUUGGAGUGCUCGACGGAGAGGGCCGCAUCUACAUUCUCGGGCGGAGUGGCGAUGUCAUCGUGAGGGCUGGGAACAAGAUCGUGCCUGCACUUGUUGAGGCUUGUAUAGGCAAGCACUUGGAUAUUAUGGCCCAGGUCAUAGGUAUUCCCGAUCCAGCCUCGGGGGAUUUACCGAUUGCGGUUGUCGAGGAGCUGCCCGAAGAUGCUACACCGGCCGAUGUGGACGAGGUCGUUGUCAGAUCCCUGGGCCCAAACUACAGUCUUGGUGGUGUCAUUUGCCUCGCUCAGCUCGGGAUGGCGACUUGGCCACUCACUGGUUCAUUCAAGACCUCAAAGGCUGACCUGAGGCGUGCGGCUAUCGAAUACAUGUCAGGGGAAGCUGCUUUCGUUGGAUAGAAAAAAGAAACUUGAUUGGUUUCUCGCACUCGUAGCUAGGGAGACGUCUAGCUGGAAGAUCAAUUAAAGUCUACUCGCCCCGUUUCGGCUUCAUCCAUGCAGUGCUGUCGUUGAUAAUGUCGGACAAUCCUUCGCCGUCGAUUGUC